CCAAGAAAACAGCCGAAGCCCUAGCGAUGUUUCCCUUGCAGCGGCCGCUGCGCUUGGCGCUUCGGCUGCUUCCUCCACUGCUGCUUUCACUGGUGAUCCGCUGGUUCCUCCGGCGGCGGAAGCCGGUGUCGAUCUCCGUGGCGCUGCGCUCGGCCUAUGCGCAGGAGGUGGCACUGGCCGCCGCGCGGCAGCUGGGCGUGCGCGUGGAAAGAGAGGCCUCCACCCAGUGGGCUGACUUCGACGCCAUCGACUGGGACGCCUUCUUUGACGGGCGCUUGCAGCGCUGUUCCAGCCUCUAUGUGCGGGCAUCUUUGGUGCGCAAAGGAAUGCUGGCGCACUACCUGGCCAAGAAGCGCUUUGCAGGUGUCAUGCCGCCAACCUUAGUGGCAGAUGUGGAGGAUGAGGACGACCUCCAGAAGCUGCCUGCCAAAGUGGAGAAGUGGGCUGCCAGCUGCGACCCCACUCACCUCGUGGUCAAAGCCAGCAAUGCCAACCGCGGAGAGCACAUCUUUUUGGUGCGAACUGCGGCAGAGGUGGCGUCUGCCGUCCGCCCAUCGGUGCAGCGAGGUGUGAAGGAAUGGGUCAUUCAGCCCUACAUCCGAUCCUUGCUGGAGGGGAGGAAGUUCCACCUGCGCUGCCACUUCCUGAUGGUGGGUUGCCCCUUCUGCGGCACCUCCAGAGCCUGGCUGCACUCCCAGGCGGUGGCGCUGCUUGCCAGCGAGGUCUUCACUGAGGACCUGGCGAGGACGGCGGCGCAUUUGACCAACCACUGCAUCCAGGAGGCUCACCCGGAUUACGACGAAGCACGUCAGAUCCGCGUGCAGGUUUUGGCGGAGCCCGUGCGUCGCCAAGUGGCCUCCAGCCUGCAGCAGGCCCUCGCCAGCUGCGCGCGCACUGCGGGCUUCUGGCCAUUGCCGCAGUGUUUUGAGCUCUUCGCAGCGGACUUCCUGUUGGAGGGCUCGGAGCCCAAAGCUUGGCUCCUGGAGAUCAACUCGGGCCCCGACCUCGGUGUCUUCGGAAGAAAUCGCGCAGAGGCCCAGCACCUCGCUGCAGAUGUCCUCCGCACCGCUGUGCUGCCCUUUCGAAAAGCGGCGGGUCCGACGUGGGAGGACCCGGCGCACUGCUCUUGCCGCCUUCAUGGCAGCGGCUUCGCCACGGAGCUUUGGUCCUGCCCUCCCAGCGCCGCAAGCUGCGCGGAGGAGCUGCGGCAGUUUCAGCGGCGCCUGGGGCUGGCGGCGUCCUGUGCCAAGGCUCUACACGGAGAUUUGGCCCUGCGCGGGCCCCAAGCGAGCGUGGCGGCCGCUGCGGCAGCGACGGCCCGGCCUGCUGCGGCGGAAGCAGCCGAAGCGGCCGGGUAAAGGAGCGGGUGGUGAUUUGCAAGGCAGCGCCUUGAGAGUGGAGCAUCAUCACACCCAAUUGUUUUGGGGACACAGCCCG